CGUAAGCGACGCCUCCGAAGCACCGGAUGACGGUGCGCUUUCUCCGCAGCAGGCGACAGAGGACGACACCUCGGACGCCACUGCAAACGCACGAAUGCGUAUCGCAGGCCCGAGUUUGGAACGCUUGGUUGGCGCACAUAGACGAAGGAUGAGGCUCGGCCAACAAAACGAAGCAAGCAUACGAGUGCGCGUUCUUCCGGACCUCGAAGUUUUGGAACAAGGGCCCUGCCAUAUUAAGCUAAUGCUUGCCAAUGAGGAAGCGGGAGUGGCGGAAGGAACACAUCAUCUUGCCGAAUGGGAAACGUUCAUAAGGGCACUGCUGACGGUUCACGUUUGUAUUCAGAGCUUGGUCCUGAGAAUCUCUGCAGUCUCCCGGUCACCAGGACACUUCUACCGGCGCUUCAAUUUGCGAUGGGGAACCGCAGUGAUAGACGUUGAAGUAUCUACAUUUCCCGACCCGUGCAUAGACUUUGUGUUACCGUAUUUGCGCAGGCUAUGUCGACUAAGAAUGGCCGAACAGGCUGGUACACGCUUUCAAAACAUCUUUCUGCUAAAUCGUGACGUCCGACGACAGGAGAUGUUCCGUGAAUUGCUCCAGAUGGAUGCUCGUCUCGAAUUGGACAUUAACAACAGAAACCUCGCACGAAUAUUGGACACUACCAUGGAGAUGCCCCUUCUGCGCGAGCUCGUAAUAUACCUCAAGAACACUGGCACUGGACCAUCCGAGCCUCUACAAAUCUCGCUGAACCUGACACGCCACUUUUCCACUGACGUUCAGAGACUGAGGUACGAGGUCGACGCAACCUACGCCCACUUGCUGCGCUGCCAGUGCGCCAACCAUCGCGGCGUAAGCACUACGACAGGUGUUCAGACAAGCAUAAUGCCGGCACUCUGCGCCCGUCGCGAGCUGACAUGUUCCACAGGUGACUUGGUGCCGUAUGUAGUUAGUGUUACGCAUCCUGCAAUUCAUGGUACUCAUGUUUUUCAUGUGCUUUCCAUUGUUCGCAUUCGUCACGAAGAUUAGCGUCAGUAGAUUUGAGAAUCGGAAGAGGGUUUAGACGAACUGCAAAAGAUAUUGCAUGGUUAUUGGCAAUUUCUGACAAACGUACAGGACGCCGUUCUCGCCGUUGUAUGACACUGACACGUGAUCUAAGAAUGUGCCUGAGAGCAGAUACGCCAGCAACGUUGUUUCUUGCAAGUGCAACAUUUUUUAUACAUUGACAAACUUAAGUUUCUCUUGCGUUAGAGGCAUGCGAAAAUGUAGAGAACCUAUCGAGAUUUUCAAAAUAAUUUUUGUUUGCGACAGUGCUAACAAUGAGAUCGAAAUAAGGCACGCCGCUUACGUGAAGCAAAAGUGAGCCUAACGCAACAGAGAACAAUAAUCGGAUGCUAGAUGAAAGCACUUGUAAAUCUAUGCCGUCGGGUUAUGUGUAAAUGUUUCCCCAGGUGCGUUGAUGCAGUGACGGCUACUUUAACGUGAGACUGUCUGAUGGAUGUCAGAAUGUUUUGAAAUGCUUUAGGAGUUGAUCUGUAAAAUAUGAAAUCUAAACACAGAAGCGUCUUUGGAGUAGUUAUUCAGGUCCAUUCAUGAGAACAGUACCAAACGCCUUAUUUUAGACAAUGAAAACGUACGCGUAUUUUCAUAUUCGUAUGGCUGCGGUUUCCACCUCAUUGACGCAGCGAAUAGAUCGUAUAGUAAAGAGGCUACGCUACAGCGAAGUCUCACUGGUGUUGCCGUAUGACCGAGAAAAUGGGCGACUUACACGCAGGAAAAUGGACGCUUUGAAAAACCUUACUCGUAAUGGUACUAGGCUCAAAUCGCCCCAAUAUGCUAAAUUGACGUUGCAGUGAUUGUCCCCGUGACUGAUGCUUAGCCAAAGCAGCUACACGGGCAUUUCAAGGAAGUCAUUCGCAUAAAUAAAUAAAUAAAAGCAAAUAAAUUAAAAACAAAUAAAUAAAAUAUAAAUAAACAAAUAAAUAAAUAAAUAUGUAAAAAUCUUAAUUUUUAAGCGCCCCAAUCUCACGAUUGCACUACAUCGAGGUCAAACACAUUAAUCUCAUUGGACUUGUUCAAUUGGUUUCAUUUACCCCAGGUGCUGCUUUUCAUUGCGCGGAUACCUUCAGUCGCAUUCUAUGUCACUUCUUUGUGUAUAGUCCUCAUUUUGGAAUUCUUUGGAACGUUUAUGUGCUUUUAUUACAUUGACAAUUUGUUGAAAAUAAAUUUUGCCAGAUUUCAUUUA